AUUCAGACUAUCUCGCAUACCACAACACCCCCAAAGCAGUUAGCAACACAGGAAGUGAGACGCACGGUACUGUACGCAAGCAGACAGACCCAAACGCAGGAGAUACCGCCCACCAUGGAAGCCUGGAACAAGUUCACCCAGACCGUCUCGCAGGGCGCCGCCCAGCUUACCCAGAAUGCGGCCCCCGUCGGGGAGAGGCUGACUCGCAAUCUUGGCACCUUGAGCCAACAAGCAAAAGAGCGCUUUGGAGCGGUGGAUGCGCAGGACAUUACCGAGCUUCCCCAAGAAUACAAGGACCUCGAGCACCGAGUAGACGCCCUGCGAAAUGCCCAUCAGAAUAUCAUCCGGGUGACCAAGGUGUACGAGACAGAGGGAUACGACUACCCUGUGCAGGUGCAGGAGUCUUUCAACGAGGUCACCAAGUCGCUUGGACACACAGUCACCUCCUGGGCCGCGACGGCAACGAAACAGGCCAAGGUCAUGGGCGUGAGCGUGCAGCCGACGAGCGCGCCUGCGCAGACGCACAAGACGCUCGCGCACGCCUUCAGUCGCGCCGCCGCGUCCGGCGCACUCGAGCUUGGCGCCGAGCCGGCGGGGAUUGUUGGCGUCAGCUCCCCGAUUUCCCCUAACAGCGCUGCCGCUGCGGGAGGGGCCGAAGGCACAAGAAAGACGUCUGUCGCGGCCGUCGGCGCACAGGAGAGCCGGCUGGGUCAGGCGUUGCAGAAGCUUGCGCUGGCGCAGGACCAGGUGGGCAACGCGCGCUUGAAGCAGGAUGAGGAGAUCAUCACCGGCUUCUAUCAUCCCUGGACGAGCUUCGGCAACCAGAUCAAUCUCGCCAUGAAGGCACGCCAGGCCGUCCGCGAGGCGCGCCUGCACCUCGACUCGUGGAAGCAGACUCUCAAGGCCGCUGAGGUCUCCGGGAGCAGUUCCAAACUCGACCAGUACCGCGCCGAGGUCGAGGGCGCCGAGGACAAGCUGGUCGCCGCAACUGAGGAGGCCAUCGGGCUCAUGAAGAACGUCCUCGAGAACCCCGAGCCGAUCAGAAUCCUCAGUGAGCUCGCCAAGGCGCAAUCCGACUACCACCGCGCCGCAGCGCAGAUCCUCGACUCGGUUCAGUCGGAUAUCUCCCGCAGCGCUAUCUCCAUGGAGUCAGACUACAGGGCCGGUCGGGCGUGAGCAUCGAAUGGGCUUCCCGCCCGAACAGCGUGGACUUGUAGAGGAUUCGGAUUACCGAAUGACAUGCCACCCGCUUUUACCACCGACCAUGCCGUCCACCGCCCGCGGAGUGAUCUGACAUGCUCUGUGCGGUUGGUUCCACACGACGUCUGAUUUACGAAGAUAUGUAUAUUCUGCAAAGCCCCGAUUGAACGCUGCUGUGCGACUAGACUACAUUGUGGGGCGGAAAUAGGC